AAAUUAAUAAGUUUCAAAAAUUUAAAGUUUCUUUUUUAAUAAAUGGAGGACAACAGGCCAGAGUGGGGUAAAGGAUGUAGUCGCGGUUGCAUACUGCCCCAACGCGUGGUCGUUACGAUUUUUGGAUUUUUGUGUCUUAUUUGCGCGUAUACAAAUCGUGUGUCUAUUUCCCAUGUAAUCACAAAGCUAGUUGUGCCCUUAAAUCGAACACUGGAUGAGGGCAGAGAGGAAGCGUGUCCAAAAGAUGAUGAUGCCACUUCAGAGACGACGGUGAAUAAAGGUGAAUACAAAUGGUCAGAACAGAUGCAAGGCUUUAUUCUGGGAAGCUUUUAUAUAGGAUAUCUUAUCACUCAUCUGCCCGGCGGAAUUUUGGCUGACAAAUAUGGUGCCAAAUGGGUUCUGGGUAUAUGCAUGUUAAUCUCUGGAUUGAGUACAAUGUGCACACCAUUAGCAAUUUCAUGGGCUGAAGAGUGGGGACUUAUAGUCAUCCGCAUCAUCAUGGGCGGUGCUCAAGGUCCUGUAUUCCCAGCGCUCACAGCCCUGCUAUCCGCUUGGGUGCCGGCCAAAGAGCGUGCAACAUUGGGCGCCUUCUGCUAUAGCGGUGUUACCGCCGGUACCGUCCUAAGCAACAUAUGCUCUGGACUCAUGCUUCACUACUUUCACUGGCGGAUUACUUUCAUUGUGUUUGGAAUUGUGACAGUUGCCUGGUUUUUAUUUUUUAUACUCCUAUGCACUAGUAGACCCGAUCAACACCCUUGUAUUAAGCCCAGCGAAAUGGCAUACCUGAAUGAACAAAUAGGCCAACGUGUUAAGGGUAAAUUGCCAAUACCCUGGAAAGACAUGUUGCUCAGCAAGGCUAUGCUGGCCUGUAUCAUAAGCCAGAUAGGCCACGAUUGGGGUUACUACGUAAUGAUCACGUGUCUCCCCAAGUAUAUAGCUGAUGUUCUUCAGUUUUCUAUUCGAUCCAAUGGCUUUGUAACAGCCCUUCCCUUUCUUGCCAUGUGGUGUUGCACGAUUUUAAGUGGCUGGUUGGCCGAUUGGUUAAUUCGUAAAGGAAAAAUGUCCAUGGACGCUGAGCGCAAACUAUUUACAUUUAUCGCUGCCGUUGGUCCGGGUAUAUUCACGGUUGCUGCCUCGUAUAGUGGCUGCAAUAAGGCACUGGUAAUAGCGUCCUUUACCAUUGCGAUGUUGACCAUGGGCUUUUACUAUGCUGGGCAAAAAUUGACACCACUGGAUAUGGCGCCCGCCUUUGCGGGUACAAUUAUGGCCAUCACUAAUGGACUUGGAUCCCUUUCUGGUAUGGCCUCACCACCUGUUGUCGGUGCCCUGACACCACAUGCAACUAUGCACGAGUGGCGUAUUGUAUUCUGGUUGGGCUUAAUAAUUUUGGUAGUAUCGUCCAUCAUAUUUGCAAUUUGGGGAACAGCAGAAGUGCAAUCCUACGAUCCAUCUUAUACUGCAGAGAAAAAGCAAUGAUAAAUUAAAUUGACAAUAUAUAUAUAUUUUCUAUUCUAUAUUUUAUGGAUUAAUAACGUUUGCUUAAAACA